CUCAUCUAAAAAUUCAUUUUCGUAAACCACAAAUUCGCCGUCAUCUUCUUAAAUCUAAUAUUAUCAGUAGAGAUAAUAAAAUUGUUGAAGAAAUAUCAAGCACAAAACAUAAACAAAAUGUUGAACGAAAACAACGACGUGAAUUAUAUCGAAUGUUAAAUGAAAUGGUACAGAAUAAAAAUGAUGAAUUCGAUACAAAUCAGCCAGAUUCUAUUAUCAAUGCCAAUGAAUUACUUGAUCAUGCCCGAUCUUUAGUUAUGAAGAAUGACAAUAGUAAAAAAUCGGAUAAAUCAAAUUCGGAUCAACAAAGAAUAAUUUUGCUACAGAAACUUGAUCGAAUGAUAAAAACAAUCAAAGAGCAUCAUGAACAAGAAUCUAAUAAAAAUAAUGUUAGCAAUAUGAAAAAUCAUGCAACAAACUUAGAAAAAAUUAAAUGUAAAAGUCUUCAUGAUAUUUCAACGAUUGAAUGCGAAUCACCUGAUGUACCUAUUGCAAAGCAGCCCUGUCUAUCAACGCCACAAUUGUCCAGAUUGUCGAUUUCAAAACGACCUAAAUCUUCAUAUGGCAGACCAAGACUUAGACGUAGCAUUUCUCGUGAGGAAUCUGUUUCAAAUAAUAAUAAACUUGAUGAUUCAAAAUCAAUGAAAAAAACUAUCAGCUUGGCCAAUGUGCACUUACCAACAAAUGAUGAUGAUAAUGAUGAUGAAAUCAAAUCACUGGAUGGAGAAUCAUUCAGUGAUUCUGAUGAUGAUAAUCAUAAUGACGAGCUUAAAACGCCAUCUCCAGUUUUUCCAUUUAGUAAUAAAUAUUAUUAUAAUACAAAGAAAACAUUAUUUGCUAUGGAUAUAGCUGCAACAAGUAGUAGUAGCGGAAGUUCAGGAUCAGGUUCAAAUAAAAAAUAUUAUGCUUUCGAUAAGCGAUUCAUAAAGACAAGUACAUCCGAUCGUCAACGUGUUAAAAUGAUUUUACGUUAUAAUGGUCUAAAUGGUGCUACUAAUAUGGGUGGCAAACGUAAUGUCAAAGUUUAUCAACAGAUAACUGUUGGUGGUAACUCGAUUCUUAUAUAUGAUGGAUCAAUCAAACCCGGAGAAACAUUUACAUUUGACAUACGACCGCACAUAAACAAUUCAUUUGCGAUAAACAUUCUGGUCAAUGGUAUAAGAGAUUUACGUUUGAAUACAUGUUGUGAACAUAAACAUCGACCUGGAACAACAUUAUCGCAUUUCACUAUAAUAAAUGUGAUCGGUGGUCGUGCCUGUUUCAAUUGUCAAAUGAUGUUUGCUGAUUAUAAUGAUCAUUAUAAUCAUACUCAUCAAAAUCGAAUACAAACAUCCAAACAAAAUCAGCAAGAAAUCAACGGGAUAUUGUCGUUAGAUGAUCAUCAUCAUCUUACAGAUCAUUACUAUGAUGAUGAAAAUAUUAAUGUGGAACAUAGCAUCAAAAAUCAUAACAAUGGUAAUCAUAGAGAAAUUGAAACGCCAACAACACCAAAUAAAAUUCAAUUAAACUUUCUUCCCAGUCCAAUGGGAAAUGCCAAUAAAAAUAAUGAACAAGAACAAAAUGAACAAACGAAAAAAACAUUUAAAACAACCUUGGAUCAUUUGAAUAGUUUCGUUGUCAAUAAUAAAGACGGUCAUCACAAUGAUAAUGACAAAGACGAUCAAAUAUUACUACAUACGGAAAAUAUCCACAGGAAUCCCAAUCCUGUUACGGAACAUCAAUUGCCCUCAUCAACAAUAACAUCAACUAUAAGGUUAAUGAAUGAUGUUGAAAGCCAUGAUAAUGAUGAAACAAUGACUACAAGCGGCCAACAUUCAGUGAAAUUUUCAGAUGUAUAUAAAAAACACAAUAGAACGAUUCGUUUCGAUUCAGCAACCAAUUCAAGAAAAGUUAGUGGAGAAAAUCUAUUACCAAUGAUCAAUGAUGAUGAUGAAGAUUAUGAUGAAGAAAACAAUAAUGAUUGUUAUGCUAUUGAUAUUGAUAGUGAAACUAUGCCACAGAUUUUUUGCAAUAAUCACUCACAUUCGGAUGAUGAAUAA